AUGGCCAACUGCAAACUUGCAAUAUAUUACAUUCUCGUAUCAUGGUUUUCUCUUACUACAUUAUCCCAAAAAGAGGAUGUCAGAAUUGUAGUGAAAGGGAAGGCUUCAAUUGCUAAAACAGAUGAUAGUUUUGUGUGUGCAACAUUGGAUUGGUGGCCUAGCUCAAAAUGUAACUAUGAUCAAUGUCCAUGGGGAGAGACUGGACUUUUCACUUUGGAUUUGGAAAACAAGAUUUUGGCAAAUGCUAUUAAGGCAUUCAAUCCAUUAAGAAUAAGGGUUGGAGGGUCAUUGCAAGACGAAUUGGUGUAUAGAGUAGGAAAAACAUCCAAAAGACCAUGCCCCCAAUUUCAACCAAGAAAAAAUGGCUUGAUGGGUUUCACUUCAGGUUGCCUCACCAUGGAGAGAUGGGAUCAGUUACAUGACUUCUUUAACCAAACAAGAGCUAAAAUUUCAUUUGGAUUAAAUGCACUUAUCGGGAGGAGAAAGGCCAAUGCCACUGGCUCUAUUCUUUGGGUUGGCAGUUGGAAUCCACAAAAUGCUCAUGAUCUUAUGAAAUACUCUAUUUCAAAAGGAUAUGAGAUUGACUCCUAUGAAUUAGGAAAUGAAUUGUGCUCAAAUGGGGUAGAUGCAAAAGUGGAGGCAGGACAAUAUGCAAAAGACAUGAUUGUGCUUAAAAAACUUGUGCAUGCAUUAUACCCAGAUCCCAAUACCCGACCAAAAGUGUUGGGUCCAGGUGGUUUUUUUGAUCCAGAAUGGUUUCAGACAUAUCUUCGAGAUUCAGGUCCAAAUGUUGUCAGUGGAAUAACCCACCAUAUCUAUAACCUUGGAUCAGGUGCUGAUCCUGCCCUUAUUUUCAAGGUUCAGGAUCCAUAUUUCCUAAAUGGAAUAGCAGAAGUAUAUGCAGAGGUCGCAGCAACUAUCAAGAAAUUUGGGCCCUGGGCAGAAGCAUGGGUCGGAGAAGGAGGUGGAGCUUUUAAUAGUGGAAGCCAGAUUAUCUCACAUUCCUUUUCUAAUGGAUUUUGGUAUUUGGACCAAUUGGGCAUUUCAUCCAUCUUCAACCAUAAGGUUUUUUGCAGACAAUCUCUUAUUGGAGGAAAUUAUGGUCUUCUAAACACCACAACCUUCAUCCCAAAUCCUGAUUAUUAUGGUGCACUUCUAUGGCACCGGCUGAUGGGAAAGAAUGUCCUUGCUACUUAUCAUGCUGGUUCACCAUAUUUGAAAGCAUAUUCUCAUUGUUCAAAACAAAAGCCAGGCAUUACUCUACUUCUUAUGAACUUACAGAACUCCACUAGCUUUUAUGUUAUGGUUUCGGAUGAUGAAAAUCCAGAACCAAAUGGUUUAGAAGGUGCAAAACCGAGGGAAGAGUACCAUUUGACUCCAAAAGAUGGAGAUGUCCUAAGUGAUGUAGUGCUACUAAAUGAAACUCCAUUACUGCUUACAGAUUCAUUUGAUAUUCCUGCUAUGAAUCCUAAGUUUGUAGACCCUUUUUUGCCCAUUAUUGUUAAACCAAAUUCAAUAGUUUUUGUUGUCUUAAGAGAUUUCAAUGCCCUUGCUUGUUCUUAGAACAUUUUGUUUCCUACA